GUGGGUUUUGGUAUCUUUUUUUCUUUAUUUUUAAAACAUUUGCCAUUUUAUUUCAGCGGUCCCGAAUUCAGGUUUGGCUAUAUGAACAAGUAAAUAUGCGAAUAGAGGGCUGCAUAAUUGGUUUUGAUGAGUAUAUGAAUCUUGUAUUGGAUGAUGCAGAGGAGAUUCACUCUAAAACAAAGUCAAGAAAACAACUUGGCCGGAUCAUGCUAAAAGGAGACAACAUUACUCUACUACAAAGUGUCUCUAAUUAGAAGUAUAUGGUCAGUGAAGUCAGGAGGCACACAGAAAAGAAAACUUUUUUUUUCUAAGUUACACUCGCUGGGCUGCAAAUAGUUCUACACAUUUUUCCAUGUUAUUUUGAUCUUUUAUGGUAUUAUAAGAACAAUAAAUGGGAUGCUCUGGGGUUUGUUUCUAUUAAAAAAAUUCUGCAUUGAA